UUCUCCCUCUCUCGGUCGCCGUGAAUCACGGGGGCCUCUCUAGCCAGCCCGAUUUCAACCCUCCGGAGCUUGCACCCUCGAACGUAACGAGGGUGCGAAAAAGGAGGCAACACGCGCGCCCGGCAAUCUGAUGGUUUCAUGAUUUUAUAAAUGGACGGAAGAACGUUGUUAUCCUCCCCUCCCUCCGGAACUCGACAGCUCUCGCGAGCCGUGUUGUUUUCAAAGUGCUCCGAGAUACGUGAUGAUUUUCUUUUAAACGGAGGAAAUUGGAAAUCCGAAAUAUGUGAGAAGAGCUAUUAACGGAAAAGCUCGGAUGGUACGAAGAGUUUGAGCUCCGCACGAGGAUAUCUCUUUGAAAUUUGAAUGCCACAUUCUUUCAAACAUUUCUAUCAUCUGCGUUUGAUAAUUACACUAUCAGAGAAAGGUUCGAGAAAUCUUAAUCUAUGUAAAUGCAGUUCUCGUCCGAGUCGUUGUGUACGAUUAAGUUUAAAAAAUAAUUCUUUUACAAAAACGACAAAAUUUAACCAAAAUUCGAUUGUUUUGUCUUGUUGCAAGACUUCUUUUUAUUAUAAAAACAAAAUCUAAAAUGUAGGACUGUAAUUCGUACGAGAGAGGAAGGUGUGUUGUGAUCCAAUUGAAACUAGAUGAGUUUUCGUUGCAACCAUUUUGAAAACACUUCUACUUUCUCUGUCAAGGUUUAAAGCAUUCACAAAUAUCUAAAGGAUUAUGAUCCUUUUGAAAUCCGAAAACGAGAUUCGACCUUCUUAGGCCGAGUAAGCCUAAAAACUGUUAUCUAUUCGCAUUCCUAUAGUUUGUACCACCAGGCAAUAAAAUUUCAUUCAUUUCCGAAAGUCAUUCAUUUUUUAAAACUAUUGGAGUUUCUGGCAAAAGAGAAAUCGAACGUUUUCGAUUUCUAGACUCUAACGGAGAAGAAUAGGGACGUGAUCUCUCGCUGUUUCCCUCAGAAAGACGGCCAUAAAAAUGUUUUUUGCGCUCUUAACGAAAUGAUGAAAGGAUACACCGCUGGUUUACAGAGCGAUAUACUGCAGCGGGAUCGGCGAGAGAGUAUCCGGAUUGGUUGACUGACAGUGUCCCUCGCAAGGAUACGAAGGAAGUACGGACGUGUUGGACGUAAGGGGAGAGGGGAAUGCCCAUUUCGGUCUCGGAUGCCUACUUAGAUAGCAUAACACCGCUCGUUGUAUCCUCUCGAGGGAAGAGAUCUUCAUCGUCUCUCUCUCUCUCUCUCUCUCUUUCUCUCUGGAGUGGCGGGGCUCAUCCAUUUGAGAGGCUCAUUGUCGAGGAUCCGCGUGCGAUUAAGAUCAACGACCCUCCGCGGUGAGCGCGCGAUCCAUGGCGUUACACCGGUCAUGGAUACCCAUUUAUCCUUUUUUCCUCCCUUUCUGUCCCCCUCCCUGUUCUCUUUUUGAACGUCGGCGAUAUUACAGCAUCAAUUCGCCGGUUAAUCCCACCGUUCGUCUCCCAUAUGUUUUGUACAUUCAAACGAAUAGACGUGUAGAUAUUUUAAUCGUAAUCUUGGUAAAGCAUGUCUGUUUAGUAAAAUGUUUUUAUAUUGUAAAAAAAUUGUAAGAUAUACAGCAGGACUAAUCUAUUGGUCAUAAUAACUCUUGUUAUGGUCCGCCAUUUUUUGUGCAUUUCAAAAAAAUUCUUUUCAUUUUACGGAAUUUGAAGCGAUAAAAGAAGACCGAGUAAACCGCAAGGAUAUCAACCAAAAAAUUAAUGUCUUCUCGUUCUGUUCUUUUUGUAUUGGUUUCUCUAAAAUUAUUUUUUUCACUUUGCACAGAUACAUUUCCAAUAUGGAAAUAAUAAGUUGCAAUCUUGAUGUUAUACAAGAAUACAAUAAAUUUCUAUUAUAUAUAAGAAAGAUCACAGAAAUUCAUUACAUGCUUAUACGGGAAAGAAAUUCAAUGAGAGAAAAUUUUCGACACGGAGUAAAAAAAUGUCAAGAUCCAAGGACCACAUAAAAGCAUUCAGGAUAAUAAAAUAAAAGUGAAAGCCUGGUGAUUAAUAAAGAGAAAGUAAAAAUCAAGAUCAGAAGACUAAAAGUAUUGCGUAAUUAAUUUUAGAUAUAGAGUAUGAAUCAAGAAAAUGUAAAAUUACUUUUGUAACUAAUUUUCAAAGUCUUUUUUUCUUUUAUAGUACAUUUAGAAAAUUACACAUUGUUUUAUACAAUGCAGUUCCAUGAAUGCUUUAAAAUCCUUAUUUUCUUUAAUAUUUUUGUGUAAAUAUACAUUUAAAUAAUAUUCAUAAUUAAAAUAAGUUGAGCAUAUCAUAUAAAAUAAGAAAUGUGUAAUUAAUAUACAAAAGCGAAAAAUGUAAAAAUUAUCAUUAACAUUACAAAAUUAACGUCGUGUUUGCAAGUCGUGCCUCGUUUUCUUUCCCAUAUAAAUCGCUCGCAUGAAUAUAUAAGCGUGGCGAAAGAGAAAUUUCACGCGCAUCUCCGGAUCGAGAUGAGCGAAUCUCCGCCUCCUGCCGCGCAUCAUUGGUCCAGAAGCUUCCGCCAAUCGCAGCAGCAUCCUCCUGUGAAGGGAGGAAAUGCACGCACGUUGCACACGAGCGCACACGCACGCACGUGCGUAUGACAUAUUGUUAGCUGCGUAUAAGGUCGGGUAAGAGGAGCAGAGAAACAUGGCUCAGCACGGGUUCGUUUUCCUACGUCGUCUCGAGAGAUUAGCUCUUCAUGCAUUUUGUAACGAGAGACGUACAUGUCCAACUAACAUUCAAAUCUUGCAAUUUUACUCCAGAGGUUUUAAGGAAUUUAAAAUAGAAUGUAAAUGUGUUCAUUUUAUUCAGAAACUUAUAUAAAUUUUUGAGAACUUGUAAUUAAUUUGUGGUUUGCCGCAUUUUGUAUGUCUCAAUUGCAAAAUUUUGAUUUAGCACGUUUAAAUUUUAUAAUCUAUAAUAUAGACAAAGAAAUUUUAAUCCAGUACUCGUUUCACACUUAUAAAUCGUUGACAUCUAUUAAUAUCUAUCUAUACUUUAUAUUGUAGACCCAAUUUAUUAUAUGAAAUAAUACACUACGUGUGUACUAGUUAUCAAUUUAAAUUUAUUCAAACUGAAAUCUAUUAAAAGUAAAAAAAACAAUAUUAAUAAAGGCAAACACACUCGCAAACUAAAAUCCGCACGCUCCUCUCGCGUCGAAAGCUACCGUAGAUCAAUAUCGCGGACGUUUCCGUUGCCAGAGAAACUCGGAUACUCGCGCUAUGUAUUGCAAACAACACCCGCGCCGUUAAGCAUGCAAGAUGUCGAACCGAGGUAGAACGCGAAGCGAGGACGAGCCUUCCUGGCAACGAAGGGCGUACGAGCGUCACCGUUCUAGGGUAAAGACAGCGAAACCGACGGUAGAUGUGAACCCUCCGGAGGGCAGGCCUCACGUCUCGUACAACGCGAAGAGACAGCAGCUGGAGCGCGAACGGCAGGCGCGGAUUCUCAGGGACAAUUUUAUUCUGCUGAAGAAACUCCGUGAGAUCAUGCAUCGGAAACGACCGGUCGCGGAGAGCAACCAACGGGUCCAAUGGCAGGAGUCUAGAUGCGUCAGGGUUCGUUAAAAAAAAAAAAACGGAUACCUCUUAUCGUAUCACGACGUAUUAUUAUUCGCAACUUAUACGUAUGCACGUGUAUUUUGUAUUUUUAUCUGCGGUGAAAGAGUAGCGUGUAUACAACUCUAACUGAUUUUUAAUCUCUGAUAAACUUUCUUCUAUCGUGACAAUCGUACGUUUAUCUGCCGCAUGAAUUUCUAAUAAAUUUUUUCAUUGAUAUUUCCAAAA